AUGCGCCAGAUCAGCUUUAAGCAGACUGGCAAGCGCAAAACUCGGCCGAGCAAUAAUGUUGUGCGCUCCGUGCGUCGUCAAGCUGGGUUACGAGAAGCAAAUGCACUAGACAACUUGUAUGACCGUCAUCAGAAGAGCCGAUCAGAAGUGCUAAACUACGAUGACGAAGAAAAGAAAGAAGGUAACAGCUAUCACGAUGAUGACUCUACGCCUACAGCCAACAGGUGUGUCAGUGACAAUGCAGUAGAAGCAUAUGAUUUGGCCAAUUCUUCGAUCGACUUGACCACACUAAAACCAAUGCGAUAUGUGAGCGCGUCCACCUCGAGCUGA